AAACUCGUGUAAUGCAGAUUCAUGGACUCCGAAAGAACAUCUCUGGACGAGUUACGACGAGCAGAAAGUCCAGAAGCAGAUGAACUUGAACAAAUAAGCCGUUAUGAAGACUUCACGACAAUAGAUUGGAUAGAAGACUCGAUUCUUGAGCGUAAUCGUCGACUACGAAUAGCCCGGCGUGUGGAAGCAACACAUCGUGGACCUAAUGGCGAAGUGACCCCGUCUUGGAUUCGAGCGCAAGUUCUAAGGGCCUUUACUGCUUCACAGUCCUGGUUCGUUGUGAGCUUAGCUGGUGCUUGCAUUGGGAUCAAUGCUGCACUCAUCUCAAUCAUUACGGAAUGGUUGUCAGAUUUAAAAAUGGGUUACUGUUCGGACGGCUGGUGGCUCAACCAACAGUUCUGUUGCUGGGAAAUAGAAGGGGAUGAAGAUGCGUGCGACUCUUGGCACCCGUGGAGUUCUGUUGCACCCGUACGAUGGUUAAUAUAUGUGUUGUUUGCUAGUUUAUUUUCUUUUAUUGCAUCUCACCUCGUCAAAACCUUUGCGAAAUAUGCUGCUGGUUCAGGUAUCUCGGAGAUUAAGUGUAUUCUUGCGGGGUUUAUAAUGAAAGGCUAUCUUGGUGCAAUGACCCUUGCAAUUAAGAGUUUAACGCUGCCCCUAGUAAUCGCGUCGGGACUUUCUGUUGGAAAGGAAGGACCCUCGGUCCAUGUCGCUUGUUGUGUCGGCUAUGUCGUCGCUCAGUUAUUCAAAAGCUUUGCUCAAAGCCAAGGGAAGAUGAGAGAUAUUGUAACCGCAGCCAGCGCAGCUGGUGUUGCGGUAGCUUUCGGUGCUCCAAUAGGAGGUGUAAUGUUUUCAAUUGAGGAAAUGAGUCAUACGUUCGGACUAAAAACAAUGUGGAGGAGCUUUAUGUGUGCGUUGGUCGCGACGGUGACUCUGUCUGCCAUGAAUCCGUUUCGGACUGGGAAGCUUGUGCUCUUCCAAGUUAGUUACGAUAGGGACUGGCAUUUUUUUGAAAUAAUUUUCUUCGUUAUCAUCGGGAUCUUCGGAGGGCUCUAUGGAGCAUUGGUUGUCAAAUUCCAUGUUCAAGUUUCCGCCUUCCGCAAGAAACACUUAGCAAAUCAUGGAAUAGCAGAAGUAGUGACACUGGCAACGAUCACGGCAAUGAUUGGUUACUUCAAUCGGUUCCUGCGCAUUGAUAUGGUGGAGAGUCUCGCAAUAUUAUUCCGUGAAUGUGACACCGCUGGUGAUAUCGACCACCUCUGCCAGACGUCUGCUCAAUGGAGAAUGGUGAACUCGCUCUUCCUAGCAACUUUCAUCCGCAUAGGCCUUUUCAUCCUCUCGUAUGGGUGCAAAGUGCCAGCAGGAGCUUUCGUCCCGUCAAUGGCUAUUGGAGCGACCUUUGGCAGGAUGAUAGGGAUUAUGGUCAAGGCCAUGUACAUAGCAUACCCUGAAUCGGGCAUGUUCGCGGUUUGUAAGCCAGAUGUGAUCUGUAUUACACCUGGAACGUACGCCCUCCUUGGCGCAGCUGCAGCUCUCAGCGGCGUCAUGCGAAUGACGGUCACAGUAGUCGUGAUCAUGUUUGAGCUUACUGGUGCUUUAACAUAUAUCCUCCCAACGAUGAUUGUCUUGUUGGCCACGAAGGCGGUCGGCGACUUCCUGGGUACAAACGGCAUCGCAGACGAGAUGAUACGAUUUAACGGCUAUCCCGUCUUGGAAAAGGAAGACCAUACACUUAACGCGGCAGUCUCCAGCGUUAUGCGGACGGAUUUGCACACUCUACCCGCUACAGGUCUUAGUGUCGGCGAUGUCGAAAAUCAACUCGAACAGACGGACGUAAAAGGAUUUCCGAUCGUCUCCGCCGAUGACCGCUUUCAUCUUUUGGGUUACAUUGGUCGGAAUGAACUGCGCUACAUACUUGACAGGGCGAAGCGAUCGUUUGGGACUACCACUGAUACACCGUGUUCCUUUUACUCCAUGCCAACCGACCACGACCGAGAAGAGAUCGCGACUCUGGCAACAGGCCCGGCUGUCGCGAGUGAUGACGAAAUGUUCUCGAGAGUGAUAGGCCAACGGGCUUCUGCAGAGAAGUUGGAGUUAUGGCCUUGGGUAAACCAGACACCGCUUACCGUAUCGCCUCAACUACCAUUAGAAAUAGUCAUGCAGUUGUUCAAGCGUAUGGGCCCACGUGUAGUUCUAGUCGAACAGCACGGCAAACUCGUCGGACUAGUAACUGUCAAAGACGUCCUACGCUUCAUCGCUACAGACCGUCCCGAAGGCGCCUCCCGUAUUAAAUUGGAUAGCUUACUUGAAGAAGCGUUGGCUUUGAUUUCUUCGACGUUUAGUAAUGUGGUUUCUUGGUGGAGACGGACGUUCCGACGAUGA